UGACGUCAUCGUCCUUAGUAACCCUCCGCGGCUGGCGUCUCUACGACUCAAGACAACAAGAUGGGAUUGCUGUCAAUCCUCCGUAAACUGAAGAGCACACCGGACCAGGAGGUGCGGAUACUGCUGCUGGGGCUGGACAACGGUGGCAAGACCACACUGCUCAAGCAGCUGGCCUCCGAGGACAUCAGCCACAUCACCCCCACUCAGGGAUUCAACAUCAAGAGUGUCCAGUCUCAGGGUUUCAAGCUCAACGUUUGGGACAUCGGAGGUCAGAGGAAGAUCAGACCGUAUUGGAGGAACUAUUUUGAAAACACUGACGUGCUCAUUUACGUGAUUGACAGCGCUGACAGGAAGAGGUUUGAGGAGACGGGUCAGGAGCUGGCCGAGUUAUUGGACGAGCAGAAGCUGAGCGGCGUCCCCGUGCUCAUCUUCGCCAACAAACAAGACCUGCUGACGGCCGCCCCGGCCUCCGAGAUCGCCGAGGGCCUCAACCUUCACACCAUCCGCGACCGCAUCUGGCAGAUCCAGUCCUGCUCCGCCCUCACCAGCGAAGGCAUCCAGGAGGGCAUGAACUGGGUGUGCAAGAGCGUCAACUCCAAGAAAAAAUAGCAUUUUUUUUUGGUAGUCUUUUCCUCAGGAGGAACCGCAGCAGCACACGAGAACGUAGACGCACACACACACACACUCGCGCCUUAACAGCGGGAUACACUUGUGAAUGUACACACACACACUACUAAUCCAACAUGGAGUUUUUAAGCUAACAGCUGCUGGUGUUUUUAAGCUUUUUCAUCACAGCCUCGCCAUCAUGGACCUCCUAACGUACCAGCAGCUUGUCUCGCAAACAUCCGUCAUGUAUGGAGGUUAAUUUGUGUCUACAUUACCAAAGCUUUUUUUUGGACGCUAAAAUGAUAUAACUGAAUUUUUUUAACCAUUUUUUUUUACCGGUACAUUAAAUUUAUUUUUUUUAGCAAAAUUUGCGUGUUUAAAAAUGUGUUAAAAAAAUGGAGUGGAGAAAAAUUCAGUGCAGAAAAAUGUGUAGCUUCAAAUAUACCGUAUUUUUCGGAUUAUAAAUCGCUCCGGAGUAUAAAUCGCACCGGCCAAAAUGCAUUAUAAAGAAGGAAAAAAACAUUUUUGGGGGAAAUUUAUUUGAUAAAACCCAACACCAAGAAUAGACAUUUGAAAGGCAUUUUAAAAUAAAUAAAGAAUAGUGAACAACAGGCUGAAUAAGUGUACGUUAUAUGAGGCAUAAAUAACCAACUGAGAACGUGCCUGGUACCGUAUUUUUCGGACUAUAAGUCGCAGUUUUUUUCAUAGUUUGGGGGUGCGACUUAUACUCAGGAGCGACUUAUGUGUGAAAUGAUUAACACAUUAGCGUAAAAUAUCAAAUAAUAUUAUUUAUCUCAUUCACAUAAGAGACUAGCCCAGGGGUCGGCAACCCAAAAUGUUGAAAGAGCCAUAUUGGACCAAAAAUACAAAAACACAUUUGUCUGGAGCAGCAAAAAAUUAAAAGCCAUAUUACAUACAGAUAUUGUGUCAUGAGAUAUACAUUGAAUUAAGAGAACUUAAAGGAAACUAUAUGACCUCAAAUAUACCUACAAAUGAGGCAUAAUGAUGCAAUAUGUACAUAUCGCUAGCCUAAAGAGCAUGUUAGCAUCGAUUAGCUUGCAGUCAUGCAGUGACCAAAUAUGUCUGAUUAGCACUCCACACAAGUCAAUAACAUCAACAAAACUCACCUUUGUGCAUUCAUGCACAAAGUUAAAAGUUUGGUGGACAAAAUGAGACAGAAAAAGGAUAAAACACAUCCUGGGAAGUCGGCGAAAGUUAUAUAUGUAAACAAACUAAGGUGAGUUCAAGGACCGCCAAAAUUAGUAGGACAAAACGGCGCUCGCCAAAUACUCGAAUCAGUGAAGCAUGUUUAAUAUAAACAGUGUGCUUUGUAACAAUUAGGGAGGUUUGUGUCAUGUUUGUCCUCCUACAGAAAACAUACUAAAACAAAAAAUAUUUUUUUCCCCCUCAUCUUUUUCCAUUUUUCAUACAUUUUUGAAAAAGCUCCAGAGAGCCACUAGGGCGGCGCUAAAGAGCCGCAUGCGGCUCUAGAGCCGCGGGUUGCCGACCCCCGGACUAGACGUAUAAGAUUUCAUGGGAUUUAGCGAUUAGGAGUGACAGAUUGUUUGGUAAACGUAUAGCAUGUUCUAUAUGUUAUAGUUAUUUGAAUGACUCUUACCAUAAUAUGUUACGUUAACAUACCAGUUGGUUAUUUAUGCCUCAUAUAACGUACACUUAUUCAGCCUGUUGUUCACUAUUCUUUAUUUAUUUUAAAUUGCCUUUCAAAUGUCUAUUCUUGGUGUUGGCUUUUAUAAAAAAAAAAUUCCCCAAAAAAUGCGCCUUAUACUCCAGUGCGACUUAUGUUUUUUUCCUUCUUUAUUAUGCAUUUUCGGCCGGUGCGACUUAUACUCCGGAGCGAUUUAUACUCCGAAAAAUACGGCAACUGAAUUUUUUUAACCAUUUUUUUUUACAUUAAAUUUUUUUUUUUUAAGGAAAAUUUGCGUGUUUAAAAAUGUUUGUUAAAAAAAUGGAGUGUAAAAAAAUUAAUUGCAGAAAAAUGUGUAGCUCGAAAUAUAUCAUAUUUUUCGGAUUAUAAAUCGCUCCGGAGUAUAAAUCGCACCAACCGAAAAUGCAUAGUAAAGAAGGAAAAAAACAUAAGUCACAGUUUUGGGGGAAAUUUAUUUGAUAAAAGCCAACAGCAAGAAUAGACAUUUGAAAGGCAAUUUAAAAUAAAUAAAGAAUAGUGAACAACAGGCUGAAUAAGUGUACGUUAUAUGAGGCAUAAAUAACCAACUGAGAACGUGCCUGGUACCGUAUUUUUCGGACUAUAAGUGGCAGUUUUUUUCAUAGUUUGGGGGUGCGACUUAUACUCAGGAGCGACUUAUGUGUGAAAUGAUUAACACAUUAGCGUAAAAUAUCAAAUAAUAUUAUUUAUCUCAUUCACGUAAGAGACUAGUCCAGGGGUCGGCAACCCAAAAUGUUGAAAGAGCCAUAUUGGACCAAAAAUACAAAAACACAUUUGUCUGGAGCCGCAAAAAAUUAAGCCAUAUUACAUACAGAUAUUGUGUCAUGAGAUAUACAUUGAAUUAAGAGAACUUAAAGGAAACUAUAUGACCUCAAAUGUAGCUACAAAUGAGGCAUAAUGAUGCAAUAUGUACAUAUCGCUAGCCUAAAGAGCAUGUUAGCAUCGAUUAGCUUGCAGUCAUGCAGUGACCAAAUAUGUCUGAUUAGCACUCCCCACAAGUCAAUAACAUCAACAAAACUCACCUUUGUGCAUUCAUGCACAAAGUUAAAAGUUUGGUGGACAAAAUGAGACAGAAAAAGGAUAAAACACAUCCUGGGAAGUCGGCGAAAGUUAUAUAUGUAAACAAACUAAGGUGAGUUCAAGGACCGCCAAAAUUAGUAGGACAAAACGGCGCUCGCCAAAUACUCGAAUCAGUGAAGCAUGUUUAAUGUAAACAGUGUGAUUUAUAACAAUUAGGGAGGUUUGUGUCAUG